UAAAAUCACCUGUAUAAAGUCCUCAUAUUGUAUUACUUAUAUGAAAUGCCCUGAACAAGAAUGAAAAAAAAGCGGUUAGUUGUUGGUUAUGUUGUAGGUUAUUGAUAUUGCAAGAUAGCUAUGGCUACUGUCGACUCAAACGUAGCUGAAGUUGAUGCUGUAAGUGGUGGUGAUGAUGUAGGGGAUGCAUUGCAUCGACCAAGGAUUCUGCCCAACCCUAAUGUUGCAUGUAUGCCAGUUGACAGGAAUUCUGCAUAUUACAAUAUGAACUACAAGAGGAGAGGCAUGGCUAUAAUUUUCAAUCAUGAAAAGUUUGAUACUCACGCACUGAAACAGCGAAAUGGAACAAAUGUUGAUCGCGAAAAACUCAAGGAAACUCUUAUUGAUUUGGGUUUUCAAGUUACAGUACAUGAUGACCUGAAAUGUAAAGAAAUCACUAAGAUUGUGGAGCAAGUGGCAGGGAGCGACCACUCAGACUGUGACUGUUUCCUAUUGGCUGUCCUGUCUCAUGGUGAAAUGGGAAUCAUACAUGCAAGAGACAACCCGUACAAGCCUGAGUCCCUGUGGAAACCUUUUACCGCCGACAAGUGCCCAACUCUUGCAGGAAAACCAAAGCUGUUCUUCCUACAGGCUUGCCAAGGGGAUAAACUGGAUGGUGGCAUCACGUUACAGAAACGGACUGAAGUUGACGGCGGUGCCAUGGGAUACAAGAUUCCCACACAUGCUGAUUUUCUGAUAGUGUAUUCUACUAUACCAGGUUUUUACUCCUGGCGCAAUACUACCAAUGGUUCCUGGUUCAUGCAGGCUCUGUGUUGCGAACUGGAAGACAAAGGAACUUCGGUUCACAUCCUCACACUCCUAACAUUUGUUCUUCAACGCGUAGCUCUAGACUUUGAGUCAAACACGCCGGGUAAUAUUUUUAUGCACCAAAAGAAGCAGAUUCCUUGCAUUAACUCAAUGCUCACGAGACUACUGCAAUUUACGAGAAAGGACGUUGACAAAAAGUAAGCUCUUACGUGGGGCAUGUCCUAUUGCACAAAGCACGUAACUAUAUUUGUUUCCAUUUAGGUUGGCACAAAUUAUCCCCCCGACUGCCAGUUUUUAAAACACAGAAUGACAUUUCUGUGAAUGUGAUAAAUACAAGAUAACAUUUUUUUGAAAUUUGAUAAAUCAUUUUCAAGAACAUUGCAUUUAAUUCCAAACCAUUGUUUAAUCAUGCGUAUGUGCGUUGAACAGAUUGUGGGUUUCUACUUUCAUAUGCUGAUAAGAUUUUGUAACAUCUGAUUUAAAUAAAAUACAUUGAAUUUAUUAUC